GAGGCGACUAGUGGGCUAUCGAUCAAAGAAUCUCCGUUCACCACCGUCGCCGGUGAACGGUUAAUAUUCCGAUCAAUUGAAUGAACUCUAACUCAACACUUCGCAAUCGUUACUGAUUUUUCGAGUCAUCUUACAUCCUAAUUUCUGCUUAACGACACACAAAAUGCGAAGUUCAAACGCCGGUAUUACGGACGAUGAUGAAUCCGCAACCAUCUACUACGACGACGACGCCACUACAGAGACGGAUAUAGACCUCAGAAGUAAAGAAGACGCCGUUGAAUCUCUACCGCGGUCAAAAUUGACUCGGUUUCAUCAAGGGGAUAAGGUGUUGGCUUAUCAUAACCGUCGCAUUUACGAAGCCAAGGUGCUAGAAGUUGAUUCCAGAGGAAAGAGCUUUUAUGUUCAUUAUCAAGGUUGGAAGAAAAAAUGGGAUGAGUGGGUAGGCGUGGAUCGUCUCAUGAAACACGACAAAGAGAAUCUCCAAAAACAGAAAGCACUGGAGAAAGAACAUCCCUUGGCGAAGAUGACAAAGUCUGGGCGUGCAUUGUUGCAGAAGUCCAAGAAUCCCAACGUGACAAGAGGCAAAAAGAGGAAAGCUAUGUCCAAGGGCACUGCGUCUUAUGAAAAUCUCAUUGAUGUCCAAAUACCACCGACAUUGAAAAAGCAUCUGGUUAAUUAUUGUGAAUACAUAACUCAUAUGGGCAAGCUCGUGAAACUUCCAUGUUCUCCAAAUGUUGAUGACAUAUUGAGGCUGUAUCUGGAGCAUCGGUCGAAGCAGGAUGGCAGGGUUUCUGAUUCCACUGGAGAAAUUCUAAGUGGAUUACGUUGUUACUUCGACCAAGCAUUGCCCGCAAUGCUUCUUUACAAAGGUGAACGUCGGCAGUAUGAAGAAGCAACUGCAAAUGGAAUUUCCCCUUCAAAAAUUUAUGGAGCUGAACAUCUGCUACGUCUUUUUGUUAAAUUGCCCGAGAUAUUGUACCAUGCUAACAUCCAAGAGGAGACGUUGACCGAGCUGCAACACAAGUUACAAGACUUUCUCAAGUUCUUGCAGAAGAAAGAAAGUUCGUUCUUUCUAUCCACCUAUGAGACACCAAAUGGUUCUUGCACUAUCGAGAAACGUGAUUUAGCUAUAAAACAUAUACAUACCAACCAAAUCAUGUUUGGGUAAAUGUUUUAACCCAUUCGUCGUAAAGGCUUUCACAUGGAAAGCCACUGCAGCCAAAGAAGAUAUAUAAAGAUUCAAGACCAACCAAAGCGCUCCUCCCUUCGUAAAGUGGACCCCAUCUUUCUGAAUAUGUCGAGUUCCUCAGAAGCCGAAAUUUUAAACUAAAAGUCGAUUCACUACUUACCUAACUGCAGGUUAUGGUUAUGGCGUGAUAGAUUUUUCAUGGUUCUGAUGGCAUGUUGUUGUGUUCGAAGAACUGUGUCGGUUUAACUAGUAGUUUUACCAUAACAUGACCAUGUGAAAUGUUGUUACUAUGAUGGUUUACAGAAGAAUGUAAGGUUGUUUUCAGUUCAUACAGUUGCAUAAACAGUCGAGGGUUUGAGAAUAGAGAAUAGCAGCUGCAGUGGGGGAGUUGUAUGCUUUUUGGGGUUUAAGCGCAACCCAACCCAACCCAACCCAAACCGU